AUGAGCUAAAUUUUGAAAACAGAGAUUUAAGAAAAGGUAAGAUUAGGAUUUCCAAAAGAAAUUUUACUUUAUCUUGAUCCAAUUUUUAUUUUCUGGUAUCACUAAAAAAAAAAUUGUGAUAAUUUUACUUCUAAAGCGAGCAUUAUACAUAUGAAAAAAUACAAGUUUUUUAGACUAAAUUCUUAAAGAUAAUAUUAUUAAAUUUUGAAUAGAUAUUUUGGAUUGUAAUUAUCUAAUUUUAAAUAUAAAUAAAUUUUCAAUAACAUCUAAAAUAUUAACAAAAAGACUUGA